GAAUCGUUCCAAACCAGUGGACGCAUCAAUUCCAGAGAACUCGUACAGCUCCGACUACGUACCAGCAUGUACUCACAGUCCGGGAUGCAGCGUCGCCGGAGAACCUGCGUGCGAUGGUACGAACCCACUGACGAGGUAGACUCGGAGGCGCUACUCGCGCAAACGACAUCUGCUGCAGAAUGGUCAGACGAAGACAAGGCGAGCCCCGUCAGUGCGACGGUCAAGCUUCGUCGCUGGCUACCGUGGAUCCUGCACGUGUUUCUGCUGUCGAUGUCGCUCCACAUCAUCCUCGAUGCAUACGAAUCGCGGAUGUCCAAUGCACGAAGAAGCUCUCCAGCGCUCGAAGCAGUCGGGUAUGCAAACGUGGUAUUUGACGGUGUCCUCGACUGGCCAAGCAAGUACCGCGGUCCGCCAAGUGAUGCCAUCGACGACGCAUGGGACAGAAUCUCGCUGAACAACUCGCACAAGAUCAUGCCACUACGUGUCCACGAGUCCGACCUCAUAAAAGUGGACCAGGAUGCUCGGCCGAGCAUUGCACGCUUCCGUGACGAAGACGGCGGAGGCUUCUUGGCUGGCAUUGAAAUCGGUCACCAGUUGCAUUGCCUAGACCUCCUUCGAAGGCACACCUAUAUUGACCACUACGGACCGAUGGAUGACAAUUACGUGCUGCGUCCGGCUUUCUACCGUGUCCACCUUGACCAUUGCAUCGAAAUGCUUCGUCAGGUGCUCAUGUGCAACGCCGACGUCGGGCUCAUCACCUUCGACUGGGUCGCGGGGUUCGACGUGCCCUUCCCGAACUUCAGCACGCUUCACAAGUGCCGGAACGUCGAUGAGCAUGCGAUCGACUUGCCGAUGAACCAUCUAGUCAGAGUAGGGGACGUUGUUGACCUAACUCCGGGCGACGUUGGGGCGGGCUUGAUCAGACACCACGGCUAGUUUGCAGCCGGUGACACGUAGUCACUACUUUCGUACGAGUCGUAUCCAACGGACAGAAUCUCGCCUGCUUUCGCGCACAAGGAGCGCACUGCAAUCUGCAGUUAUCAUCAUCACGGUCAACUCAAACCAUUCGGCAGUUCUUGUCAUGAACUACUUCAGAUCCGUGUCAUUUAUAUGUGCGAGUGUGGUGCUCGUACAGGAGCCGGUGCACAUGUGCAUCGGUAUAUGCUUGUGAGUGAUCUUGAUCUUGACAUACUU